AUGGCAAAGCGAACUUACCGUGCUCCUGUGGGUCGGGCUCUCUAUACAGCCCAGCUCGCGGUGGUGCACUACUCAGGUCUCCUGCUUUUUCAUCGGCGCAUGCUAUACCAAGAUAGCCUUAUGGAGGUGUCACAUCUUGAAGCCCUCUCUACCAUACUCCAUAUCGCAUAUGAGACUUAUGCCCACGACAAAAGGAAUAUGUCUCCUUUUUCGUGGGGGCUUGAGAUGGCGGCUAUUGAGACACAUGAUCCUAUCUACAGCGGCUGGAUUCGGGAUCGGCUUUUGGAGGCUCCUAAUAAUUAUCGCCAUAGCGUUAUUGUCAGUGAGACUUUGGACCAGAUGCUGCGGUCAUACAGGGACUACAAGCCAUUUCACUAG